AUAACAUUUUAUUGUAUUAUUAUAAAUACAUUGAUGGGUGGAUCGAUAUAGUAAAUACAAGUUAUGUGUUUAGUAUUUCCAAUAUCUACAUCGGUUUCCCUGUGGCUACCGAUAGUUAUUUUCACAGUUUAAAUGUUUUGCCGCUCUUCGGUUAUAGCUGAUUAACCUGAACACAUUUUACGAGGAACCAGUGAAGGCCACACGGAAGAAAUAAAACUUAACUUUUCAGUCGAGCAGCACAAUUUGAAAAAGGUAUCGACUGCGGCACAGACCGAACUACUUAAAGUUCAUCCAGAGGAGAAACGUCGUCUUAUCCAUUUAUAAUCACCAUGGCCCAACAAAAGGCUUCGGAGAACAAGAGGGAACAGUUACGAAGAUACUUGGAGAAAACUGGAGUAGUUGACAGUCUUACAAGUGCUCUCGUUUGUUUAUAUGAAGAACCUGAACGGCCCACCGAUGCUCUGGAAUAUCUGAAGAAGCAUCUUAACGUCGGUGACCAGGCUUUAGGGGAGUUUGUGCAGCUGCAGCAGGAGGCCGUGGAGCUGAGACAGAGGUGUAAACGUCGGACAGAGGAAAAAAAGGAGCUAAAAGAAAAACUGCGGCGUUACCAGCCUGUGUCGCAGGGCGGAGCAGGGCCAGAGUAGACCUCAACAUCUCGAAUCACAACAUGAUUGAAUAGUUUAGGGUGAAGUGUGUAUGAUAAGAAUAGGUUUUUUUAUUAUUUUGUCUAUUUUGUCACCUUGUACCACCGCAUCUGGACACAAGUCCAGCAUCUGAGGAAGAAACUGAUUUUGUGAAUUAUUAGACGCUUACCACGAGAGGGAGCUCAAGUAACACUGUAGUUUAAGAACUGCUGGUCGAGUUAAUGUUACUACAAAGCUGCCUCAGUGUCACGGGUUUAUGUCCCAUCCAGGCCUGGAACACAUUUAAACUUUAUUUUUUAAGGCUUGUAAAUACUUAAAAUGUAAAAAAAAAACUCAGAAAUGUACAGAAGCUUCUUUGUUAAAUAAGUCACUUGUGUUGUGUGAGUUAUAGUGUGUACGCAUUCUAAAUAUAAAGUUCUUUACUGAACAACUA